AUGGCGCUGCCCGGCUCCCUCCUGAAGGCCCUGCUGGUGCUCAGCUGCAGCUGCCUGUGCUCUCUGGGCUGUGACCUGCCCCAGACCCAUGGCCUGCUGAGCAGGAGGGCCUUGACGCUCCUGGGACACAUGAGGAGAGUCCCUGCCAGCUCCUGCCAGGAGGACAGGAGUGACUUUGCCUUCCCCCAGGGCGUGUUUGGUGGCCACCAGCUCCAGAAGGCUCAGGCCCUGUCUGUGGUCCACGUGACCACCCAGAAGCUCUUCCAGCUCCUGUGCACGGAGGCCUCCUCCUCUGCCUCUUGGAACCGCACCCUCCUGGAGGAACUCUGCGCGGGGCUGUAUAGGCAGCUGAGCGACCUGGAAGCCUGUCUCAUGCAGGACUUGGGCGAUGCAGACACUCCCCUCCCGAAGGAGGACUCCGUGCUGAGGAGCUACUUCCAAAGAAUCUCCGUCUACCUGCAGGAGAAGCAGCACAGCCCCUGUGCCUGGGAGGUGGUCAGAGCAGAGAUCACGAGACCCGUGUAUUCAUUGGCAGCCUUGCACAGAAGAUUGAGGAGCGAGAAGUGAGACCCGCUUCAGCAUGGAGUCAUUCUCAGCAACUAAUAACGUCGCCUUUCCACGUGGUCUGCCAUGUCAAAGACUCUCCUUUCUGCUGUGAU